CCAUGGCCGGGAGCGGGCCGCCCGGGGAGGCGCCUGGCUUCGUGCCGCAGAAAGAGAUUGCCUACAACAAGCUGCUGCCGUACGGGGACCGGCUGGAGGCCGAGGCGAGCCGCCUGCUGGCCCAGAUCAAAGGCAACCUGGGCCGGGCCGUGCAGCUGCAGGAGCUGUGGCCCGGCGGGCUCUUCUGGACCAGGAAACUCUCCACGUAUAUCCGACUAUAUGGGAGAAAAUUUAGCAAAGAAGAUCAUGUGCUUUUUAUCAAGUUGUUGUACGAGUUAGUAACAAUUCCAAAGCUGGAGAUCAGCAUGAUGCAAGGAUUUGCACGUCUGUUGAUAAACCUGUUAAAGAAAAAAGAACUUCUUUCAAGAGAUGAUUUGGAGUUACCAUGGAGACCACUUUAUGAAAUGUUGGAGAGGAUAUUGUAUUCCAAAACAGAACACCUUGGAUUAAAUUGGUUUCCCAAUUCAUAUCGACCAGGCUUGUCUUCACCUAAAACAUUUGUGCUUAAUGUUUUACAUAGGUGUUCUGUAGAAAACGUUCUAAAAACACUUGUGAAAAGCUGUCGACCGUAUUUUCCAGAAAAUGCCUCCAUGGAGAUGCUAAAUGAAUGGCAGCCUUUAAUGUGCCCAUUUGAUGUUACCAUGCAAAAGGCCAUCACCUAUUUUGAAUUAUUUCUACCCACUUCCCUUCCUCCAGAACUUCACCAUAAAGGUUUUAAGCUUUGGUUUGAUGAAUUUAUAGGCCUUUGGUUUUCAGUUCAGAAUCUUCCACAAUGGGAGGGGCAUCUAGUAAACCUUUUUGCUCGCUUGGCCACUGACAACAUAGGGUACAUAGACUGGGAUCCAUAUGUUCCAAAGAUAUUUACAAGGAUUUUGAGAAGUUUGAAUCUUCCAGUGGGAAGUGGUCAAGUUUUAGUUCCAAGAUUCUUAACAAAUGCUUAUGAUAUAGGACAUGCAGUAAUGUGGAUUACAGCCAUGAUGGGUGGACCAAGCAAACUAGUACAGAAGCACUUGUCUGGAUUAUUCAACAGCAUUGCAUCUUUUUACCAUCCUUCAAAUAAUGGUCGCUGGCUGAACAAGCUGAUGAAGCUGCUUCAAAGGUUACCAAGUAGUGUUGUUAGAAGACUACAUCGUGAGCGUUACAAGAAGAAUACUUGGCUAACUCCUGUGCCUGAUAGCCAUAAACUUACUGAUCAAGAUGUUACAGGCUUUGUAGAAUGCAUUAUUCAGCCUGUCCUUUUGGCUAUGUUUAGUAAAACUGGAAGCCUAGAGGCAGCUCAAGCCCUACAAAAUCUUGCACUAAUGCGUCCUGAGUUAGUAAUUCCACCUGUACUUGAAAAAACAUACCCUGCACUAGAGACAUUGACAGAACCUCAUCAGCUCACAGCUACUUUAAGCUGCGUAAUUGGAGUAGCUCGUAGCCUGGUGUCUGGAGGCAAGUGGUUUCCUGAAGGUCCAACACACAUGCUACCUCUGUUGAUGAGAGCAUUGCCUGGUGUGGAUCCAAAUGACUUUAGUAAAUGCAUGAUCACAUUCCAGUUUAUUGCAACGUUUUCUACUCUGGUGCCUUUAGUAGAUUGUUCAUCUGUGCUGCAAGAGAGAGAUGAUCUCACAGAGGUGGAGAGAGAAUUGUGCUCUGCUACUGCUGAAUUUGAAGAUUUUGUUCUGCAGUUUAUGGACAGAUGUUUUGGACUCAUAGAAAGCAGCACACUAGAACAAACUAGAGAGGAGACUGAAACUGAGAAGAUGACUCAUCUAGAGAGUUUAGUGGAAUUAGGUCUCUCUUCCACGUUCAGUACAAUCCUCACUCAGUGUUCAAAAGAGAUAUUUAAGGUUGCCUUGGAAAAAGUUUUUAACUUUGCUGUUUCAAAUAUAUUUGAGACAAGAGUUGCUGGUCGGAUGGUUGCUGACAUGUGCCGGGCUGCAGUAAAAUGCUGCCCUGAGGAAUCUCUGAAGCUCUUUGUGCCCCAUUGCUGCAGUGUUAUAACUCAUCUUACCAUCAAUGAUGAUGUCUUGCAUGAUGAAGAGCUAGAUAAGGAGCUACUCUGGAACCUUCAGCUUUUGUCAGAGAUCACUCGAGUGGAUGGAAAGAAGUUGCUGCCAUACAGGGAGCAGCUUGUGAAGAUUCUGCAGCGAACCCUACAUUUAACCUGUAAGCAGGGUUACAUUCUGUCUUGUAACCUACUGCACCAUCUUCUUCGUUCUACUACACUUAUCUACCCCACAGAAUACUGCAGUGUGCCAGGUGGCUUUGACAAGCCUCUUUCUGAAUACUUUCCUAUCAAGGACUGGGGUAAACCAGGUGACUUGUGGAACCUGAAUAUCCAAUGGCAUGUUCCUUCAUCUAAGGAAAUAACCUUUGCCUAUUACUUACUGGAUUCUUUUCUUCAGCCGGAACUCACCAAGCUAGAGCACUAUGCAAAUGGAAAACAAGAAAUGUCCAGAGAUGAUGUACAGCAGUGUCUCACUAUAGUGCACAACUGCCUAAUUGGUUCGGGGAACAUUCUACCUCCUCUAAAAGGAGAGAGGAUAGCUCACCUGGUUCCAAGUCUGGUGUCUUUGGAAGAGACAAAACUUUACACUGGCAUUAACUAUGAUUUAUCAAGAGAGAACCAUAGAGAAACCAUGGCUAGGGUCAUAAGGAAACUGCUGCACUAUAUACUUGACAACUCAGAAGAUGAUACCAAGUCCUUGUUUCUAAUCAUAAAGAUCAUUGGUGAUCUCUUACAAUUCCAAGGGUCUCACAAGCAUGAGUUUGACUCCCGGUGGAAGAGCUUUAACUUAGUGAAGAAAUCAAUGGAGAACAGGCUUCAAGGAAAGAAGCAGCAUAUUAGAGCGUUGCUCAUUGACAGAGUCAUGUUGCAGCAUGAGCUGAGAACUCUAACUGUUGAAGGCUGUGAAUAUAAAAAUAUACACCAAGACAUGAUCAGGGAUCUUCUGCGUUUGUCUACAAGUUCCUAUGGUCAGGUCAGAAAUAAAGCUCAGCAAGCAUUCUUCACAGCACUGGGAACAUACAACUUUUGUUGCAGAGAUAUCAUUCCUUUGGUUUUGGAGUUUUUGCGGCCAGACCGACACGAUGUUACUCAGCAGCAGUUUAAAGGUACCUUGUACUGUCUUCUUGGAAACCACAGUGGAGUAUGCCUGGCAAAUCUUCAUGAUUGGGACUGUAUUGUACAGACUUGGCCAGCAAUUGUUUCCUCUGGACUUAGCAAAGCUAUGUCUCUGGAAAAACCAUCUAUAGUGAGACUCUUUGAUGACCUAGCAGAAAAGAUCCACAGACAGUAUGAAACAAUUGGACUGGACUUUUCAGUUCCAGAGAAAUGUGUUGAGAUAGCCAUUCUAAUGCAAAAAGCAAAAAACCCAAGCGCCAGCGGGAUGAUGCUUAGUUCAGAAGAGAUUCAGUUAGGAAUUCAACGACAGAAAGAAAAGAAUGCUGAGACCUUGCAAAACUAUGAAAAUUUGGUCAACAUGCUGUUAGAUUGUGUGAAUCAAAGAAAUCUCCCCUGGAAGUUCGAACACAUAGGCAUUGGCUUUCUGUCUCUCCUCCUGAGGGAUGAUAAGAUUCUGCCUGUCCGUGCCAUAAGAUUCUUUGUGCAGUGUCUCAACCACGAUGCAAUAGUGGUUCGCAAGAUGGCUAUCUCAGCUGUUGCUGGCAUCCUCAAGCAGUUGAAGAGAACUCACAAAAAGGUGGCCAUCUGCCCUUAUGAAGUCAGUGGAGUCCCCAAGCCUUCCAGCAUUCAGGCUGGUGACAGAUCUGAUAACCAGUGGCUGCAUUUCGAUAGUGAAAGUUUACCAAAGACUAAACAAGCUUGGGAGUCAUGUUGUUUUGUGGAGAAAACACACUGGGGAUACUAUACCUGGCCUCAAAAUAUGGUAGUUUAUGCUUCAGCUGAGCAACAGCCAAAGCUUGGGAGGAGGAGAGAGGAGUUGUCAGAGGUAAGCAUGCCAGGAUUUUUUUUAAGCUCUUUUGAAAGUCUGGAUUGUUCUAUUUCAAGACUAGCACAGAUUAUUUGACUUUUAAGUCAUCAGAGCACUGAACAAUCAUCAAGAUAAUAUUUGAAAUAAGUUGAUGGCCACACUGAAUGGCUAAUUACUAGGGCUGUCAAUUAAUCAUGGCUAACACAUGCAAUUAACUCAAAACAAAUUAAUUUGUUAAUCACACACCAGGGUGCCAUGCUCAGGGGGGCGCUGCUGCCUGCCCUCUCCUUCUGCCGGCCUGCU